AUGCUAUCUAGAUCUUUUGGUAUUUUAUCGCGUAGAUGCGAGUACCAUUCAGGCAGGGUUCUAUUAGCUGAAGCUGUGGCUGCUAGUGAAACUGCUUCUGCAAAACCAGUUUCUAAAUCUGUUAAAGAUAAACUGAAAAGAAGGGAGUUACGUAGACAUUCUAAACGUAAGGCAGAUGCCAGAAAACCUGCUUCUAGUUAUCCAUUGUACAUGCCAAUUUCUCAAGCUUUGAGAUAUUUGAGAGCAGCUGAAGUUGGCCAACCAAUCUCUCAACAGAUAAUUACAAUAACUACUGAUGUAGUAUCAGAAAGGGGAAAUUUGAAUUUGAAUGGUAAUAUCUCUUAUAAUACUCCUAUCAAAGAUGUUAAGAUUGCAGUUUUCAGCAAUGAUCCUGAAAAAUUGGCCAAGAUCAAAGAGGAACACAAUUGUCAUUUAAUAGGUGGUACUGAUCUUGUGGAAAAGAUCAAAUCUGGAAAACAGCCUGUAGAUUUUGAUAAGGCUUUCGCAACUCCAGAUAUAUCACCUAUGUUGACAUCUCAACUAGCUAGAGUUUUAGGUCCCCGUGGUGUUUUGCCAACAAUCAAGAAAGGUACUGUAUCAGAAGAUGUUUCAUCUCUAAUUAAAGGUAGUAUAGGUUUGAUGCCAUUUAGACAAACAGGUAAUAGCAUCAGUGUUUCUGUUGGUAGAUGUAACUUCUCUGACAAGCAAAUUCUGGAAAAUAUUAUCGCUGUUAGAUCAGCAUAUAAUACUACAUUAAGUAGUCAAAAAUCUAAAAAACCAAGUUUGUUAGGUAAAACAACUAUCACCUCAACUCAUGGGCCCGGUAUCACAAUUGACUUUGCCUAA